AUGAACGCGUUGAACGCGUUGGACCAGCUGUGGGAAUUGCUGUGUUUGAACCCCAAGGAAUUCGAUAUUGCCAUUCUACGGAGUCCGGAUGACAAUACUAAGAAUCCGUUUGUCCUGCAAGAGGGUCACUUGGGAUUGCACGCGGGAGAUUUGCCGUGGUUGGCCCGUGACUUUCGAACGGCGUAUCGAACUGCAAGACUCCAAGACUGUGAUAGCGUAUUGAAAGUGACGAGUUGUCUGUUGCUGGUGUGUCCCGAUCAUGCCACGGCGUGGGCCGAUCGCAAACGAGCUCUACUAUCAGUGCAAUGCCAUGAGGAUCUGUGGACACGAGAAUUGGACUUUGUCAAUCUGCUCAUGACACGUCACACCAAAGCACCCACCAGUUGGUUCCAUCGAAAGUUUGUCUUGCAGCAAAGAAUCCUUCAGCUGCUGUCCGCAUUGCCGCCACCGCCGCCACCCAAUGAUGAUCAUGAUGACCAGGAGAAUACUUUCUCUACUACAUGUACUACAACUACAACAUGCAUAUAUAGUAACAUGGUUCAACUGGCACGAGACGAAAUCCAAAUUUGUGCCAGAAUCGCCGACCGAUAUCCCAAAAAUUACUACGCGUGGACUCAUCGCAGCCAAAUGCUGCAAAAGAUUCAUCACAUGCUCCAGGACGAUUCGACAUCCGGUACACGUACUUUGGCCGACCACUACACGCAGUUGCUACAAGACCAAUGGCAAUCCACCACGCGCUGGUUGCAAUCCCAUGUCAGCGAUCAUUCCGCCGCUCAUUAUGGAGGAAUGGUAUUGCAGUUACUUCGACGGCAACAACUACAACAACACAAUCCGCAGGAUCAUCAUCAAGUUCCAGACAACGAUACUACACAGCUUGUACACGCCAUGAUGAUCAGUUCCAUCACUGUGGCCCAACAACUCGUGGAACGGCAUCCCUCCCAUGAAGUUCUAUGGAUCUUUCGACGCAUUUGCAACCACGAAUUCCUAUGCUAUGCCAUGGCAAUCACAGAUGAUGAAGAUGAUGACGACAACACAGCCCUACUUUUAAACUCCUCUUAUUGGAAGGAUCACAUUGACAUUAUCUUCUGCGUGGAGGGAAAUAAUCAUGACAACAGUCUGGAAGCACAACGGACGCAACUCUAUCAGCUAUCGUACGUGGCGUGGAUGCUGGAAGACGUGGGGCGACUCGCCAAACGGUUCGACAGCUGGAAUGACUUGGUUCGUCGGGUGCGAUUGUUGCAGGGAGUGACCCAACAAGAAUACCAGACUCUGAGAAAUACAGUGCUCACCCAAUUACGAGAACGAAAGGAGACGAUUCCGUUCUAUCAGCAGCAGCAGCAUCCGCAGGUCUAG